AUGCCGGAGCCUCUACGUGCUGCUCCAUUGUCAGACGAUGCGACCCAAGGUCGCAGCGGAAUUGACAAUGAGCUUGGUCCGGCCACUCGCCAUUCAUCUCGUCGCCCACCGCUUCGGGCUCGACCACAGUCCUGGCAUCCAUAUGGGCCGGUAGAACCACCGCUGGACGCUUCGUCACGGCCCAAUGGGGUACAUGCUAUUUUGAAUCCGGCGCAGACAAUGGAAAGCAGUCGGGAUCUGCGUUUGUCUGGAACAGCCUCCCGACCGCGGAAGGGUUCCUCGCCCGCUCCUCGUUCCAUGCAUUUGCAGCAGCCGCUCUCCCCCAAGUCUAUGCGGCCAGUGAUGAACCCUGGUUCGCCAUCAGCGCGAUUUGUGGGGGGUGGGAGGAGUGGUCAUUCGAGUGUUUCUCACUCGCCGCUGGUGCCUCAUGAACCUCUGAUGGGUCUGCGACAGACUCCAGUUAGCUCUCCCCUGCCGCUGGAUUCGGCACUACGACCUAUUACUUCAUUACCGGGCACUCAAACUCCCGUGACUGCGCCCUUACACUCUACGCCUGGCCUCCAUUCGCGACGAACGAGUGCAGGGCCUGGACUAAACCAUAAAUCUCAGGAGACGAGCCCAACCAAAUCUCAUACAAUCUACAGUCAAUAUGGACGUGCGUCUCCGGCCGUUUCAAUGGCAUCCAUCCCCCCAAAUGCUCCCUACGCAGCGGCUCCCUACAUGACAAUGGAACCCAUGACUCGAGGAGUUCCCGCAACAGCCGGACCACGUCUAGAGGAGACCGGGGCGAGAGCAAGUCCGGUACCAGGUACGCCAGGCAGCACAACCUCUUUAGGCGGCCUAAUACCAUGCGUCAUGGACCUAAAAUCCGGAUCCAGCAGCCAAGCCGAAAAGCGCAAAGCAAACAGCGACGCCUCUCGUCGUUUUCGCAAUCGUAAGCGCAAUGAGGUCCAACUCGAACAGCGGCUCACAGCCCAGCAAGACGAGAUCCGUCGCCAGAGUGAGGAGAUCCGAGCCCUCGCCCUACAGCGAGAUCACUAUAGAUCUGAGCGCGAUUUCUUCCGUGAAUACCUCGGCCGCUCAACCUCCCUAAGCACCUUACCACCGAGACCACCUUCACCACGUCCGGCACCAUCUGCUUCACUUCUACCCACUCCGACUGAAACAGCCCCAAGGCCGCAAGGAAGCUGGCCAGGCACCUCGGUAGCACCUUACGCACCUGUGCCCCAUGGAUCUGCACCUAUAGGAAGAGAUGUGGCGCCUUCAGGACCGGUUGCUGGAGGGCCUUUGCCGCCAUUCCAGGGCUCAUGGCCUCGACCAUAA